AUGGACUCAAAUAUAUCGAAUUUAUUCUACAUCAGCCUAUUGACGAGCUUAAUGCCACAACACGCACAAACAGGAAAUGGCGACAAUAGCGAACCGCCCAGUGGGCGUGAACACAUCAGCUCAAGCCUGGCUAUGGCACAUGCGCGUGCUUUGGCGAAUAUUCAAGAACAAUUACUGCCUAAUUUGAAUCUUCUGCAAUUGGAGGCAAGCGACUUCCUUAAUCGUUUCAAUGCCUCCUUCUUUAAUGUCUCUUUCUUUAACGAGACCUACGAAGAUGAACUGAUUUGCCACAGUGGUCAGAAUACAAUCGCUAACCUAAUCACAAUGAUACUCUACUCGAUCGUUUGCAUUGUUGGACUCUUUGGCAAUACGCUAGUGAUUUAUGUGGUGUUGCGUUUUUCAAAAAUGCAAACGGUCACCAAUAUUUACAUACUCAAUCUGGCCAUAGCGGAUGAAUGCUUUCUCAUUGGCAUACCAAUUUUAUUGUACACCAUGAGAAUCGGCAGCUGGCAAUUUGGUGAUAUUGUGUGCAAAGCUUAUAUGGUGAGCUCAUCGAUUACCCAAUUUACUUCAUCAAUUUUUCUGCUUAUCAUGUCGGCCGAUCGUUAUGUUGCUGUUUGUCAUCCGAUAUCGUCGCCACAAUUUCGUACACCAUUCGUCUCGAAACUGGUCUCGGGUAUUGCUUGGCUGACGUCGGUGCUACUUAUGUUGCCCGUGAUAAUGUUCGCCAACACAGUGCAGUCGAAUGAUAAUCACGAAACAUGCAACAUCAAGUGGCCCGAAGCACAAAAUACACAAUCGGGUACCACAUUUAUACUGUAUACACUGACAUUGGGCUUUGCCACACCGCUUACCUUCAUCUUAAUUUUCUACUUUUUGGUCAUACGUAAAUUGCAUACAGUGGGUCCAAAGCAAAAGUCCAAAGAGAAGAAGCGCUCUCACCGUAAGGUGACCAAAUUGGUGCUAACAGUGAUUACAGUAUAUAUACUGUGUUGGCUACCCUAUUGGAUAUCACAGGUGGCACUCAUCAAUUCGUCGCCAAGCAAAUGUGCAUCGAGACUCGAGAUCACCAUCUUUCUAUUGGCCGGCUGUCUUGGCUACUCGAAUUCAGCAAUGAAUCCCAUACUCUACGCCUUUUUAAGUGACAACUUCAAGAAGAGCUUCGUAAAGGCAUUCACUUGUGCGGCGCGUAAAGAUAUCAAUGCGCAACUUCAGCUGGAAAAUAGUCUAUUCCCCAAAUUUGGCAAGAAUCGGAAAUCUGAUGGACUGGUCUCACCAAAGAAGGCGAAACAGAAGAAGUCGCUGGUGAUGCGCAGUAAUAAUGCAACAAAUAUGCUGGCUGCUACAACGACGACAACUACGACGAACACCACGACGACCGGCACCAGCGUUUCUGCAAAUCAGAUUGUUGCUUGUCCUGAUCCGCAGACGAGCAUCUUUCCGGCGGUGAAUGUGCCCGUCGUGACGCAAAACCCGGAGAGAAGCGUUGUACAGGGUAUAAAUGCGACCGUUAUUUGGGUGCCGGACACAUCGUGCGUUGAUGAGUUGGAGAAGAAAGCAGCUGAUAGGUUGCCCACGACGCCAACUGUUGUAGAGCUUAGUUGUAAAACGCCAGUGCUACACACAGAUUUAUAAGACUUGGCUAUGGGUGGUCGCACGCCAGUCGAGACGAUCGUCUAUGUGGCGAGCAGAUGAGUGUCAGUGAGAGAAUUUGGCAGUGAAGAGUUGAUAUGAGCGGAGUAGUAGCUGUAGUAAAGUACUGAAUGAGGGGAUAUGCCCACAUAUAUAUAUGCGGAAGGCGGAAGAAAUC